AUGAGUGCCCGGGCGCCCAAGGAGCUGAGGCUGGCUCUGCCGCCGUGUCUCCUCAACCGGACCUUUGCUUCCCCCAACGGCGGCGGCAACGCGAGCGCCCGUGGUGCGAGCGCAGGCGGCGGCACCUGCAUUACGCAGGUGGGACAGCAGCUCUUCCAGUCCUUCUCCUCCACGCUGGUGCUGAUCGUCCUGGUCACCCUCAUCUUCUGCCUCAUCGUGCUGUCCCUCUCCACCUUCCACAUCCACAAGCGCAGGAUGAAGAAGCGGAAGAUGCAGAGGGCCCAGGAGGAAUACGAGCGGGAUCACUGCAGCGGGGGCCGUGGAGGCAGGGGGCUGCCCCGGGCGGGUGGCCAGGCCCCCACCCAGGCGAAAGAAACCCGGCUGGAGAGGCAGCCCCGGGACUCUGCCUGCUUCGGCCCCUCCAGCGCCUCCUGCACGCCCCCCGGGCUCCCCUGCCAGGGCCCCAGCCCUCCUGCCCCUCCUGCCCCGGCCCCCAGUCCUCAAGGAGCACAUGCGGCCUCCUCCUGUUCGGACACGCCUGGCGAGGGGCUUUUGCAGACGGUGGUACUGUCCUGACUGUCCAGCCCGCCUCUUCUCCCGGUUCUCCUGUCCGCAUCUUGGUCCUCCCGGCUGCCCCUCCCACCCUCUUUCGCCCCCCACUGCCUUCCGGCCUCGUCCCUCUUCCACCUUUCCUCAUCUGCCCUCCACGCUGUUUCUCCUCCGCCGAGGCACUGUGCGGUAUUUGUAAAUAUUGGGCAAGGAAAGUCUCGGAAGAAGAAAUAAUGCUGACAAUAAUACUUUAUUAUUAAUAUUUAUAGUAAUUAUACUAAUAACACAAUCCAAGCGCAUGACAAAUCACAUAAUUUCUCAUUGUCAAUGGCAGAUGUGUCUUCCCUCUCCACCCCGCACCCCCCUGGACAAGGAGGAGAAACUGCUUAAGCUACCAAAUAUAUAAAAGACAUUGGCCCCCGGAGCCAAGGGAGCGGAGGGGGCCUCGCGUGUUGUACAUAGCUGUCAAGUUAAGGUUCCGUUACCUUCCCUCCACUCACCCGCCCCUAAACGUUCACUUUUCCUUCAGCUUCCUCCCUCUCCAACCCCACCCUCAGCUGGGCUCGGGCAACAGCAUAUUAUUAUUUUUGAAAGUUUCCAUUAAGUACCAGAACUGCAAGAGGCCUCAGAGACAGCCCUAGGGGGAAAAAAAAGUGCUUCUGACAGGUACAGCUCUCUGGUCCGCUCUUUACUCACCCCUAGGUUAAUCGUUCUUUUUUUCCAGACUAAACAUUUUCAUUUACUUUUGGAAAUGUCCCUCGCUGGCCGAGCACUAGCAAAUUGAAAUAUUUAAACGAGGUUUUAAAAGAAUCUAUUGCUUUAGCCCCCUGGCUCAACCCCACCCCUGUCUAUCUUUGCCUCCUGGCAUUUUCAGGAGUCAGCGGGCCCGGGAGCUGUCCAUCCAGGUCAGGUGCUGAAAUCGCCUCCCUGAGCUGGUUACUUUCCUCUGGUAGUGCAGGUGGAGAGGGGCUGUUUUGGAAAGUGACUAUUCUAGUUUUUUUUUGUUGGUUUUUUUCUUUUUCUACAAUAGGGUUUGCGUGUGUUAUUGGUUUUCUUAUUAAACAUUGCAUAAGUUACCUUUUUUGUAAAAAAAAAAAAGUAU